AACGUUUGCUACUUAAGAAGCGAGACAUCCCGUUAACUGUCAGCGAUCUUUCCAUCUGCAUGCCGGGUAUAAGUCUCAAGUAAUUUUAUUUCCUUUAGAAAUACAGAUAAUUUCCCACUUGGUUUUCAAUGAAGAAUUCUAGUCUCCUUUCAAUCUAUAUAUUAUGGAUAUGCAUAUCAUUUUCUUUGGGUGCUUGCCCUGAAGCUAACAGCAUACAGCCCUGCAUUUGUAGAAACCACUCGUUUAUCAAAGAAAGAUUUACGAUCAAGUGCACAGGUCCAUCUGACAAAGAUCGUAUUAUCUCUGUCAUAGCCAAUAUAACAGGAGACUGGGAUCUUGAGUUGGAAUCAUUAGAGCUAUUCAAAUUACCUCCAGCUGUUAAUCAAGUCGGAAGUUUACGAUUCAAAAAUUGCAAAUUAGUGCGAUUGCAACGACUUACAGAAGGUGCUUGGCCCCAUUUAGGGAGGGCGAUAUUCGAAUCAACAAUUAUAGAGGACAAAAAAUGGCUAAAUUUUAAGAAUGUUCAGUCUUUACGAAUUCUCACCAUAGAUAACGUAACAAUGCCUGUUAUUGGUAAAGAAUUUGAAAAGGGUAUACCAGAAAGUGUAUCUUUUUUGACUAUCAAAAAUACGAAAACUACUCGAUUUGAAACAGGAGCAUUAAGUCAUCUCAAGAUCUUAAUUGGCUUAGAAAUAGAGAAUUUACCGCUCACAGAGUUUCCAAGAAAUGUUCUUCCAUUUAAGCUGGAGGAUCUCAGCUAUUUAAUAAUAAGCAAAACUCAGAUUGAAAAGCUGGAUCCAAAUUUCUUUGACAAUAUGCCGGAACUGAAACUUGUGGAUUUAAAUAAUAACAGAUUUUCAACUUUGGAUGCACAGUUAUUCAUGCCUCUAAGGAAUCGUAUGUUGUACCUACGGGCUGACAAUAACCCAUUAAAAUGUAGCUGUGAACUCCUCUGGCUAAGUAAAGACAUCCAAGAGAAACGACUAGUAAAAUAUGAGGGAACUUGUUUCGAUUCUAUACAGCAACAAUACAAAAAUCUUACUGCACUUGAUGAAAAUGAAUACUGUUAAAAGAUAUUUGGUUUUAAUAUAACAGAUCAGUCUGUGCUUAUAGGAAACAAAAACUGAUAAAAUAAUUUUAUUAUGUACAAGGUCCAGUGAUUCAUCAGUUUAUUUUUAUAGGACGAUUUUCAUGACGAAAACCUGAUUCUGUACAUUCUGAAAUAUUAUAUUUAUUUGACACAUUUUACUGAUAGAAUAAAUAAAACACCGUAUUAUGUUUUAAAAAGACAUAUUUAAUUUAUUUCCUUUUACUCAUUAUCCUGUUUAUAUAAAUCUGUAUUAAAUUAUAUGGAAAUACAGGUCGUAUCUUUAUAAUCCAGAUUCUCUUAUCCUGCAAUCCCAGGAUCCAAUGAGUUUUAUAUCUACUGCCAUUAGUUUAUAAAUCUGUAACUAGGAUAGCAAUGCAAGAGUUGCCAGGGUGGCACUCAGGUUUCAAUAUAUGUUAUGUUUUGGUCUCUUGUAUGCAGUCCUUAAAAGUUUUUCCAUUUAGGUGCAUAAUACAAUAAUUUUAUUAUGGCCAAUCUUUACAGUUAUUAUACUUAGCCCAUCAGAUUAUCAAUUAAAAGAUUAAAAAAUGCUGUUACUAAUAAGCAUAUGUAUAUAUCAUAAACCUGAAAAAAAUGGAAUUACCAAAAAUAACAGAGGAACAUGUGAUAAAGACAUAUGAGUACGAUGGGAAAGGUUAUUCUAAUUGUAAUAUGAUUACAGGACUCAUAUGCAUAGUUACUAGUGUACAGGCAAUGCACAGUUACUAGCACACAUGCAGUGUAUAAGCAGCAACCAUCUUUAGGAAGUCAAAUUACAAUUUUAUCAUUUUUUGUGAUUAGAUUAUGACCAGAUACUCAGAUUGAAGACAUAACAGAACUACUCAACAGUUGCUGGAUGGAUAGCAAUGCUGGAUAUCAAUAGUUGAUUACAUUAUAAUCCUAGUGAACAAGAUGGUUGCAUGAAUAUUUCCAUGGACUUUCCUGUGUGUUAUGUGAAUAUGAGCCAUUUUACUCUAAUAUAGCCUUGCCUAGGCAUAUUGUCUUCAUAUGAUUUGCCUUAAUCUCUUAAUGCACCAAUAACAAAACCAGAAAGUGUUUUUCCCCCAGCAGCAUUUUUUUAUUUUUAUUUUAACUCAACCUGUUUCUUAAUUUUAACCAAACUGUAGUGGUUAUAUUUUGUUGUAUUCAUAUCUGAAAAAAGUUCUUGAAUGUAUUUAUUUGGGUGCUCAGAAAUAAUUUAGUUUGGUGUAACUGAGUUAACUUGGUUGAAUUCAUUAAAAGGUUAAUUAUAUCACCCAGCCAACCAAUUUAAGAGGUACAGUUUGCAUUUGUGAUUUCUGUAGCAGACUUCUCAAAAAGACAAACUUAUAGGAGAUGUAGGGGGCACAAAGACGAUUCAGAAUCACAUAACAUUGCAGAGUCGGAAAUGCCUUCAUCAUGUAGCAGAGGGCAUUGAAUAGAGGUCGCCUGUGAACAGCAACCAUGUUUGAAGUCAACUUUUGUGAACCAGUUUGCACGGCAGUAGGAUAAACGAGUACUCAAACAUUGAACUGGCUGACAUGCACCUAGUGUAUAAAGCUUCAGAUGGCAAUAGUUGCACCACUCUGCAUGUAUACCAGGAAUGUUUCCUGCACGGACAUGCUCCUCAUCAUAUGAUCUUCACACGAUUGCACAGAAGGUUACAUGAGGCUGGUUGUUUCAUGAGAACUACCAUAAAUCAAGAGUGAACAACACGGACACCAGACAAUGAGGAGAAUGUCCUACGUCUGACAGAAGGCAAUCUGAGUACAAGUACUUCAGCGAUAGCCGAAUGAUCGAGUUUGUCCCAAACCAUUGUAUGGAAGUAUAUUGUCAAGAAAUCAUAUGCAUUCGUGCCAUCUGCACAGCCAAACAUUGGAGCCUGCGGAUUAUCCACUCCAGAAGAAUUUUGCUUCUUGGUAUCUUUAACAGAGUGUGGCAGAUAUAGCAUUUGUUGCAUCCAUAUUGUUCAUGGAUGGGGCAUUUUUAACAAGAGAGGGAGCUUUCAAUCAACGUAAUGCACAUUUGUGAGCUGUAGAUAUCCGUAUGGUACCAGAACACGUGCAGCUCAAAGGUGUUCCUCUGUCAACAUUUGGGCUGGCAUUGUUGGAGACCACCUCCUUGGACUGAACCUUCUUCCUUGUCUGGAUGAAAGGGUAUAUUUGAUCUUACUAUGUGAUGUCCUGCUUAAACUUAUUGAAAAAGGCACAUUGUCUUCAGUCAUUGCAUCACUCAGUAUGGUUCCAGCAUAAUGGGGCUCCUCUACACUACCACAGUGACAUCUUUCAACAACUAAACAUUAUAUUUAAAGAGCAAUGGUUAGGUCACUAUGCUCCAAUUCAUUGGUCUGCUAGGUCAACAGAUCUAUCAUGCUUGGACUUUUCUUCUGGGGUCAAAUGUGGGCAUUGGUGUAUAAAACCGAGUUGAUUCAGUUGAAGACCUCAUCUCUGUAGCAUUCGGGGAGAUAUGAGAGACACCAGGACUCUUCCAGAACAUUAGAAAUUCCAUGUGGCACCAUUGUGAGGCCUGUGCAACUGCUCCUAAAUGUCAUUUCGAACACCUUCUGUAGCAUGUAGCUUUUCUCAGAGUAAAAUGUGUAAUAAAAUGAAUUUUGUUACAUUUA